CAUCAAAAAGAAUCAUACCAAACUAGAAAAUAACUAUUCUCAUUUCAUUUAUCUUAAUAUUCUCCUUAAUUUCAGAUAUAUUUUUUUUCAUUUUGUGAAAUCCUUGUCUUUGUCAAAACAAAUGAAUUCAAGGAGGUCGUAGAAACACGUAGAAACAAAGUAAGUUGACAUCACAGACAAAAGUUUGUCUCCUGUCUCUCUAAAAUUUGUUCCUAAUUUACCUCUCCUAAUUCAAACGGAGUCCGGUGGCCAGAUCCGGAGCUAGGACCGAAUCGUUUCGCACGACACGAACAACAUAGUAAGAGGAUCUAGGAAGGUGGAUCCACAUGGUCCCGAAACGCCCAAAUGGUGCCCAAAGAAAAAGUCAAGCUCCCUCUGUUGACCCACAACUCUGUACCCCAAGAAAAUUAGGAGCCACCUUCCAACGGUCACGUAGCUCUUUCAACUGUCCGAACUUGAGACACUCCCCUCCGAUCCUUCCAUCCGGACCAAUCCUCCCUCCUCCUUGUUUGGCGGGACAAAAUCCCCAAAUAUGGAGCAUUCAGUUAACUGCUAAUCCCCCACCUCUCUCAUCUCUUUAUAUAUGUCUCCCUCUCUUCCCUACUUCACAGCUCCGCAGGACCCUAACCAUGGCUUCUAAAUUCCGCACCAUCUUCUUCUUCCUCCCCUUCCUCCUCUUUCCCGCUGCGACGGCCUUUAACAUAACCCAGAUCCUCGGCCAAUUCUCCGACUUCUCCAACUUAAACAACCUCCUCACCCGGACCCAGCUCGCCUCAGAGAUCAAUAGCCGCCAAACCGUCACCGUCCUCGCUGUCAACAAUGCCGCCCUCUCCUCCGUCUCCAACCUACCUACGGACGUCCUUAAGAAGGUCCUUGCACUCCAUGUCGUUCUCGACUACUUCGAUCGCGACAAGAUCACAAGGCUUUCCAACAGGAGUGCCAUCCUCGCCACCCUCUUCCAGGCCAGCGGGCUCGCCACCGGCCAGAAUGGCUUCCUUAACGUGACCGACAUGGGCAACGGCCAGAUCGCACUAGGCUCCGCCGCACCCGGCUCCAACCUUGAUGCUCGGUUUGUCGGAGUUUUAGUCACGCAUCCGUACAACAUCUCGGUGCUCAAGAUCAGCGGCGUCAUCACCCCUCCUGGCCUCGGGAUUUCCAACAGCAGUGGCUCCUCGUCGCCAUCCCCCGCACCAACCUCGCCAUUCCCUGCGCCUAGAAUGGCUCCAGGGCCUUCUAUGGGCGCACCAAGGAUGGCACCCGUGCCGGCGUUUGCACCGCGAGGGUGGUCGAUGGCCCCCGCGCGGUCGCCAUCGUACAGGUCGCCAUCCCCAUCAGAAGCUGCGUCGCCGCAGCCGGUGGUGGUGCGUCCUCCAGCGCCUCGGGCGGCUCCUCCUAUGGUCGCCGGUGGAUCACCGACGCGCUCUCCUUCUGGUCGUGUCGCGGAUGUCCCGAGCGCCAAGGCUCCCAAUGACGACUCUUCGGGUGCUCGGCAUGUUGCCGCUGUAGCUGGCCUUGCAGGUGCCAUGGGGGCCGCCUUCCUGGUGCUCUCUAGUUAAAUCAUCGGUUUGGCGAGUACUUCUUUGGCGAUUGCCAGUCUCCAAGCUCCGGUUUAGUUUAGGCAGCCAGUUUUGUUCCAUGUUUAUCUAGAGUUUGCUGGGAGAGAUGCACAUUCUUGCAUUUUCCUUUUCUUCUCUUUUCUCUUCUUCUUCUUUUUUUUUCCCGUGCUGCAUCUCAUUUAAAUUGAUCAAAUAAGAUAUUGAUUAGAAUUUUGUCGGACUCUGCUAGUCAGAAA